AUGCCAGUUAAUAUUAUUACUGAAACUUCGACUAUAAAUUUAAAUGAAAUUCAAUCGUCAUUUAUGUAUACACAAUUACUAAAAGAAAUCUUUACAGAAAUGAAACAUGAUGCUGAAAUGGCAAAACAAUUGUUUGUUGAUUUUCUAUAUAAUUUGUAUGCUGAUAAUACAGUAUUAUUAAAUGCUAUUGAUGAAUUUAAACGUACUUAUGAAGAUCAUUCACCUAUUUGGUGGUAUACAAAAGAAGAAUUUAUCUUUUCUAUGCUUAAUCGAGGAUUGAGAACACAGGAUAUUGAUGUUCUUAUGAAGAUGGCAUUUUUUAUUCGAGAUCUUCAUCAACAAAUUGUACAAUUACAUUUUGAGACUAAUCAUACAACAAAAAUGAUUGUUUAUCGUGGUCAAGGCAUGUUUCAUGCUGAUUUUGAAAAAUUAAAGAAAAGUCAUGGUGGUUUAAUUUCAUUCAAUAAUUUUUUAUCAACAAGUACGAAUGAAUCAGUUUCUCAUCUUUUUGCAGAUAGUUCUCGAUUCGAUCCAAAUUUAAUAGGAGUUCUAUUUGAAAUUGAAAUUGAUCCAAUGAUUUCGUCAGUUCCAUUUGCUUCAUUAGAUCAUAUUAGUUAUUAUUCAAGUACAGAAAAAGAAAUUCUCUUUUCUAUGCAUACAAUAUUGCGAAUUGGUGAUAUGCAUGAAAUUGAAAAUCGAUUAUGGAAAAUUAAAUUAACAUUAACAAAUGAUAAUGACGAACAACUUAAAUGUUUAACUGAUUAUAUACGUAGAGAAAUUGGUGGAGGUUCUCAUUAUCAUCGAUUAGGUUGGUUAAUGAUUACAUUAAAUGAAUAUGAUAAAGCUGAAAAGAUUUAUACAAAACUUCUCGAAACGACAGCUAUCGAUGAUUGGGAAAUAUGUGCUACAUUGUAUAAUCAGCUUGGACUUAUUUAUGCUAAUACCGGUGAAGACAAGAAAGCAUUGGAAUUCUAUGAUAAAGCAAUUAAAAACUAUCAGAAAGCGUCGUCUACACAUUUUAGUCUUUAUGUGACUUAUAGUAAUAUUGCUUUAGUAUAUAAGUCCAUGGGAAAAUAUGAAACUGCACUUUCGAUGUAUAAUAAUGCACGUGAAAUCGAAGAAAAAAUUCCUUUAACAAAGGAUUCUGAUUGGGCAAUAACUCAUAACAAUAUUGCAUCGGUGUAUCGUUUGAUGGGCGACUUUUCAAAUGCACUUUCUCAUCAUCAAACAGCACUUGAAAUACGAAAAGAAGUUCUCCCACCAAAUCAUCCAAGUUUAGGUUUAAGUUUUAAUAAUCUUGGUGUUAUCUAUCAUUCGAAAGGAGACUAUAAAACUGCAUUAGUAAACUAUCACGAAGCACUUGAAAUUUAUCGAAAAUCUCUUCCAAUCGUCCAUCCAAGGCCAGCUGAAACUUAUAAUAAUAUAGGUUUUGUUUAUGACUCGAUGGGUGAUUAUUCAAAUGCACUUUUAUAUUAUCAAAAGGCGCUUGAAAUACAAGAAAAAAGUCUACCAUUAAUGCAUCGUGAUCUGGCAACAACUCAUAGAAACAUGGGUUGCACUUGUGCUGCAGUUGGAGAUUAUUCAAAAGCCCUUGAAUGUUUUCAAAAAGCGCUUAAUAUUCAAAAAACAGCUCUUUCAACUACUCAUCCAGAUUUAGCAAUAACUUAUAAUAAUAUCGGUUUUGUAUAUGAUACAAAAGAUGACUAUAAAAUUGCUCUUGAAUAUUACCAAAAAGCGCUAGAUAUUCAACAAAAAUCUCUUUCAAUUACACAUCCCGAUCUAGCAAUGACCUAUAAAAACAUUGGAGGAAUACAUAGUUCGAUGAAAGACUAUUCCAAAGCACUUUCAUACUAUGAAAAAGCAUUAGAAAUUGAACAAAUUACUCUUUCAUCAAAUCAUUCUAGACUAGCGACUACAUAUAGUAACAUUGGCGUGGCACAUCAAUAUAUGGGAGAUUACAAAACAGCAAUGUCUUAUUUUUUAAAAGCACUUGAAAUUCAACGAAAAUCUCUUUCACCAACUCAUCCUGAUCUUGCACAUGUCUACAACAAUAUGGGAGCCGUACAAGGUAGCCUAGGAAAUUAUUCAAUAGCAUUGUUGUGUUAUAAAAAAGUUCUUGAAAUUCGAGAAAAAAUUCUUCCAGCUAUACAUAUCGAUUUAGCUAUUAUUCAUCUGAAUAUUGGUAUUACGCAUUAUAGGAUGAAAAAUUAUUCGACAGCAUUAUUACAUUUUCAAAAGACAUUUGAAAUUCAAGGAAAAAUUUUUUCACCAACACACAUUAUACUAGCUGAUAUUUGUGAUAAAAUUGCUAUGACGUAUUAUUCAAUGGAAAAUUAUUCAAAUGCACUUUCGCACUAUCAAAAUGCACUGAAUAUUCGACAAAAAUCUUCGCAAUCAAUUCAUCCAGACACAGCAGUGAAUUUUUAUAAUAUAGCAAAAACAUUUGAACAUCUUAAUCAAUAUCACGAAGCUGUAGAAUAUGCACAAAAAGCUGUUGAUAUGGCUCGUCUUCUAUUCGGAUGUGAUCAUUCUGAAGUGAAGGAAAAUCAAGAAUAUCUUGAUAAACUUCGUCAAAAACUGUAG